AUGUCGUCUCUACAAAAUACCAAUUGGUGUGACAAGCACACAACCCUGGAAUCGAUCAUUCAAAUCCUAAAAUCAACUUGUUGGACAUUGGGGAAAGUCGAUCGAGCGCCAAAUGGUCCAUUGUCGAUUAGAUCUUGUGCCUUACUGAUUGGCAUACAAUGGCCCGGCAAAGAAAGCUCCAAUUUUAGAUCAGAUGCAACCUGCGGAAUGGUUCUUCGCCGUAUCGCACAGCACCACAGCUCGUCUGACACCCAAGGCUCAAAAACAUCCCCCCGCAACGCAAAUACUUUCCGCCUAGACCAUCUAGAAAACCUGAGGGAGCCUGGCCUGAGGGCGCAUACCACCGUUACACCUUUAUUAUUCGUCCUUUUGCCACUGCCAGUUGUGCAAAUCCAUUAG